AUGGGCAGGAUCUUUCGCGGCAUUGCCUCGUUCAGCACCUUGUCAUUCCUGCUGCUCGUGCUUGCAUCAGCGCGAUCUCGCAAGAUGCGGUAUCAUUUGAACGCCAUGCUGUACGUGUUCGGUGCUUGUGUGUGCAGUUCCAUCGGUAUGGUAUACGCCAUUUUCUCGAGCUUCAUUCCAGGCAAGCGCCUGCACACGAACUUUGUGGUGGCUCGCUCUUUCUUCUAUUUCACGAGGCCUCUUAUCGGGCUCGAUGUCACCAUCGAGAAUGAACACUACCUGCAAAACCGUCCGGCCAUCAUGGUGGGCAACCAUCAGAGCAUGGUAGACACGGUCUACCUCGGUCGCAUGUUCCCUACCUCGUCCAUCAUUCUGGGCAAGAAAGAGCUACUAUAUGUACCAUUCCUUGGUCAGUUUAUGUGGCUCGGUGGCAAUGUAUUUGUCGACCGCAAAAAUCGUGCGUCCGCCAUCAAAACCAUGGAUUCGAUUGGCGCGUACAUGCGCAAGAACAAUCUUAUGAUGUUUAUUUACCCUGAAGGCACUCGCUCGCACCUUGCCACGCCCGAUUUGCUUCCGUUUAAGAAGGGCGCCUUCCACCUUGCAGUGCAGACGCAGCUCCCAAUCAUCCCUGUGGUGUGCGAGAACUACUACCGCCUGUAUGACAGCAAGACACGCUUCGAGGGUGGACGUCUCCGAGUUGCCGUGCUCCCACCUAUUGAGACCAAGGGUCUGACUGAGCAAGAUGUGGGUCCUCUCAGCGAAAAUGUUCGCAAGGUGAUGCUCGAUCAGCUGGUAGCCUUUGAUCGUGAACUCGACCAGCGCGAUGUGGAUAUGACGAUGCACCCUUCGCCGACGUCGCAAAAGCCUCGCCUUUAUGGACUGGCUGGUCUUGCCGCGCGACUUAUAGGCACUGGCAACCAAACAAGCUACAAGCGCAGUCUUGAUAAAAUCGCCCAAAAGCAAAAGGUCUCGAAAGGUCCAGCACCUAGCGACUAUGGUCUCGUGUCGGAGGGCUCGCAUGCCAAGACAGCGUAA